GGCAACCAUCAAACAUCAUCAACGCAAUCAACAACAGCUGCACCCAUCAAAAAAGCACAGAUAAACCCCUCGAGUAUCAAACCUUGUCACCUUGCCAUCUAUUUUUAUAUAGGUGACGGUCUGGGGAACAACCGCCAAAAUGGUUUAUGACUGGGAUAACAAACAGCAAAUAUGCUAUAGUAUGUAUAUUGAAGAGAAAAAGUCAUUGGAAGAGAUUAUGGAAUUCUUGAAAGAAAAUAUGUCUUUUAAUCCCUCUAAACGUGCAUUCCAAACCCAAUUCAAGAAAUGGGGGUUUCCUUCGAAACAAAAUCCUGCACACAAGAACGAACCGCUCGUUCAACGCAUCAAAGAACUAUGGAACGUCAACACAUCACAGCGCGACAUGGUUACCAUUCUCGAACGAGAGGGGUGGGACAUCAAGGAACGUGAACUUAUGCGCGUUAGAAACAAGAAUCGCUGGCUUUUGCGAGUACCUAAUGGGAACAAAUCAAAGAAGCAAACGGACCAGGAUGUGGAAAGUCAACUACAACAGGCAUUUUACAAUAAUGGAGCAUUGCUAGAGGGGGAACAACAAAUAGAAGGGUCGAUGGAAGGGCAUAUGGAAGGACAUAUGGAAGGGCACAUGGAAGGGUUACCGCCAGCUUCAUCCAUGUCCAAGGAGCAUUCCAGAGCUGAAUCCCCGCCACUUAGUCCUGAAGUCAUGCAAAAGAGAAAAGAGCGUCUAUCCAAGUUAGCAGCCGAAUCCGAUGAAAAAUGGACCUCUCGCAAGCGUCGUCGUCGAACCCGUGGCUGGGCUGGCCUUCCAGCGGAUCCUCCAGGACCCCCUCGAUUCCCUUCCGAAACCACUAUCGAUGAAAGCAAGAAUUUCCUAAGACUUGAUAAUCUUUUGUAUCGUGAUAUAAGGGCUAGAUUUCAACGCAUAUGUGAAGAAGCAGGUAUCAUAAAGAAGACACUUGCUGGACCCGAGCGUUGGGAAGCUGCAAAGGAUAGCCUCAUACAAGAGAGUGAACAUCUACAAUCAGUUUUCUGGAAUACAGAAGAAAAUUUGGAUGCAAGAAAGCUAGCUCUCGAUGUUGUUUGUGGUGACGUGACGAAGCGGAUGCGAACCUUGGAGCGUCGUAUGACUAUUGCUGAAGCCAAGAAUGCAUUAGGUGUAAAUCCAGAACAGUCCAGGGACCUUCGUAAUUCUUUCUACCAGAUAUUGAAGGCUGAUCAUUUCACCAGUAAGCUUGAAGCUGGAGAAGAACACUGGCAGGAGCUCAAGACGUCCUGGAUCAAUGGCUCCGAGCUACUACUGAAUCUACUUGCUGUGGGAGACACUGAUCCUCAGCAUGCGCAAAGAGUCAAGGCAAUGGAGGUUUUAUGUCGAGAUGUCAUGAAGCGUCUUCGGGAUGACCAGACUAAACGUGAUCCAACCAGAAAGAAGAGAAAGCUUGAGAACAGUUUCCAGCCCGAUCAAGCUAUGGACCAAUUCCACCACAGCCAAGAGGAAACCCCUGAUUUCCAACAAGAUCCACAGGAGGCUCUUAUUCAAACAGCAGCGCAUGCUCAUGCCCACUCGCAGAACCAAGUUCAGUCACAUAUGCAAAUACCAGAAUCUCACAUGCAUACACAAGCUCGUCAGGCCCACGCUCAAGCUCAAGCUCAAGCUCAAGCUCAAGCUCAGGCUCAGGCUCAGGCUCAAGCUCAGGCUCAAGCUCAAGCUCAGGCUCAGGCUCAGGCUCAUGCUCAUGCUCAAGCUCAUGCACAAGCCCAAGCUCACCAACAAGCUCAGGCUCAUGCUCAAGCCCAGGUUCAUCAACAAGCCCAGGCUCAUGCCCAAUCCCAACCUCAAGCUCAUACGCCUGUUAUGGUCAGCCAUGGUAAUUUGCACAAUGACAUGCAUAUUGAUCCAUCUCAGAUUGACCCAUCUCUACUUAACGCAGCUUCCAAUGAUCCAGGCUUAAUGGUUCGUGGAAUGCAAAACCAAUAUGCGGACCCCCAAUAUACAGAUCAACAAUUUGUCAAUCAAGCUGCACAAGCGUUCCCAUCUGUAACUCCUUCAUCUAUGGCAGUUUACUUUCGGUUGCACCCAGACUCGGAUGUAAAUCCUCAUACUCCGUUAUGGAUUGCGAUGCUGAACGGCACCUCCCUGGCAGAAGUACACCGGUUAGCCACAAGUAAAUAUCCUAAUUCAUUGGUGGGUCGUGUCGUCGGAUCUAUGGGGGGAUCAUCUGAACAAGAAGUGACCAUACCUAUUGACAAUGACAGUGAAUUGGAGGCCUAUUUGAGCACUUGUGUGAAGCCACAAUUUAUCGUUGAGUUGGUAACAUGGAAGGAUGCCUAGGUAAUUAUUAGUGAGGGGCAAUUUGUUGAUUGGGAUUACAGCGGCGUUCGGGUAGGAUGGGAAUGUCGGAGUUUACAGUGGCCUGCUUACUCUCCUAUAGGAAGGGAGCCGGGGCGUUUCAAAAUGGUGAUGAAAGCAUGCUAUAUUGUAUGCAAUCCUUUAGUUUCAUCUUCUUCAAUGAGCCGUCGAGAGUGGAAGUUCGAUAGGCUGAUGGCCUCGACCUAGACAUGCACUCUUUGCUCCAUUCAUUGUCAAUACUGUACCGUUUCCCUUCGGAUGUUUAUAUUCUUAGCCAAGUAAAACAUUUUAAUGAAAAUUGUUAUUAUAAAUCAUAAUGCAGAAACUUCA